UACUGCCCUAGCCGUGUCCCAGUUGUCACCUGUUUCUUUGUUCGUAUCGGCCAGAUCGGGUUCGCGAAUUGCUUCAAAAAGUGCAAAUAAUUUGUUUAAUCACGACGCAGAAGAUGGAUUUUGUGUAAAACGGAGAGCUUACAAAAACACAUAAUGGUCUUCAAUCCAAUCAUCGCACUUUUCUUGGCCCUUGCCACCUUAGCCACGAUCAGCUACGCCGCGGAGGAAUUCUGCCCGGAAGAGUGCCACUGCGGCUUCGAAAGAGGAAACUUUUUCGUGGACUGUUCUGGCUUAGCCCUCACCGAGUUGCCACAUUUUCCCGACGUUAACGUUCAAAUUCUCGACCUGUCGGAUAAUGGCUUCACCUACGUUCCGUCCCAAUUAGCACAGUUUUCAAAUCUUCGCUAUCUGGACAUGUCAUCGAAUUUGAUCGCGUCUCUACCUCCUGGAUCGUUCAGCGGGCUUGGUUCACUGAAGCAGCUGAAUCUGGCCAAGAAUAACAUCUCCAGCUGGGCCAAUAUUUACCCGAAUGAGUUACUCCAGACGGUUCCUUCGCUGGAAGAGUUAAGCUUGGCAGAGAAUCAUUUUACAAGUUUUUCGAGCAACGAUCCUUCGCUGGUUCUGUUGAGUUUGUCGUUGAAAUAUUUGGAUUUGGGCAACUGCAAGAUUACGAAGAUUGCCGGCAAGGAGGUUAUUCAGGGAUUGCCGGCCUUGGAGCACUUGAAACUGAACGGAAAUCCCAUGCACGGCAUGUCAGAUAUAAGGUCAACGGGCCUGAAAACGCUGGAUUUGAGCAACUGUAAGCUGGUCUCGCUGCAACCGACGGUCUUUAGUGGGUUGGAGUCACUAACGUACGUCAAUUUGGCGAGAAACUCCAGGUUAUCUUUGUCGAGCAAUGGCAACGUAACUUCGUUGAGCUUGAAGCGGAUCAACUUGUCGAAUUGUAACAUGGAUUCGAUCGAUUUGGGGGGAUUUCCAAAUCUGAUGACUGCUGUUCUAAGAGGAAAUAUGAUAAGACAUCUCACGAGGGACAGCUUCGCUGCAAAUCCACUGCUGGAGAACAUUGAUAUUUCCUCCAACUCCAUUGGAUUGGUACAAAGUGAUACCUUUCGUCAGCUAGAACACUUGAAAAGUUUAGAUCUGUCCUUCAACAUGAUUCCACGAAUCGACGGAAAGACCUUCAAGGAAAAUGUAAUGCUUACCCACAUCAACCUGAGCCGGAAUUUCAUCGCACGACUCCAACGCCUAGUCGCCACAUCCCUAGCCCACCUCAACGUGAGCUCCUGUGAAAUUCUCAACAUUGAUCCCGAUGCCCUGGGUGCGAUGCCAGCUCUCAUCGAUCUGGAUCUCUCGAAUAACCUGCUCGCGGAAGAGCCCCAGAACAUUGCGUCGGAUUCGCUGCAAACGCUAGAUCUCAGCAUGUGUCGGUUGACUACCAUCAGGAACACCACCUUCAUCGGACUGCCUAACCUUUUGAGGAUCAACCUGUCCGGAAACCGAUUCACUACCACAUUCCGGGUAGAAUUUUUCGACCACACCCCAUAUUUAAGUGAAAUUUGGCUGGGAGACAAUCCGUGGCGUUGUGAUUGCCGAAGCGCAGGGUUUCAAGAGUUUUUCCAGUUUUUGGUCGAUCAACCGCAGCGGGUUAACAACCGAAAGGACCUACGUUGCAUCAGUCCGGACGACUUCUUUGGGGCCACUUGGGAGGCGGCAUGCAGAUCUGUUUGGUACCCACAGGACAUGAUGGGUACCACCGAGCGGAUAUGGACGUACUUUAUGUUGGCAAUACUGGCGUUUUUUGGAUUUUUCUGCCUGUACUCGUCGAUUCGGAGGUUCAUCGAUUCAAGGAGGAAGAUGACUGCAGAAAGGGAGCGUCAGGACAACAUACAGGAGCUGCGAGAGAUUGCCCGCGAAAACCAAAUCCGCCUGCGCCAGCAAGCCCAGCUGAACGCUCCGGACAUGCGCGAAUCACGCCCACCGGCGUACGAGGAUGCGAUCUUGCUGCCCAAGCUGGACGCCGCUUCGUUUGCCUCGCUGGAUGAACUGGUGUUGCGGGGUAAGCGCCGCAAGAAGCGAAAGCAACGCCAAUCGACCGGGGACGUUCGAGCGGACACCGAAGCAGACGAUGAUCAGGCGGAGUUGCGACCGAGUAAUCGCUCGAGAAGUGAGAAUGUCCUGUCGGUUCGGGGUACGAUUUAUCAGGAACCCAGUGAUACGCUCAACAGGGAGAGUACAGCCAUUUACCAAAGCCCCAGAAGCUCGAACAGAGUCGUGGUGGCAAGUGUUCACGUGUCUCCUUCGGAGUCACGCGCAUCCCAAACAGUUGCUCUCCAGCGAUCGUCUACUCCAACUGGGGAAGAACUUCACUACCACUCCACAGACAUUCUGGGAAUAGAUCGUACCUCGUCGUCCGUAAGCCAACAACCAUCGAAUCGCUCCGUAACAGUCUCAGUGUACGAACCAGGCAGUUCUAUACAGUCAACCCGAAACCCCGAUCACCUUCAGAACUUCAACGAUCGCAGCUACGAAAACAGUCCGUACGCAAAGCGCAAAGUCAAACCACUGCAGCACAUCAACCCCAACGGAAGUAUCGAAGAGAUCACGGACUUCGAACAGCACGACACCAGUCCAUACGCGAAACGUCGGAUAAAGCACAUGGCCAGCUUCAAGGGCGGCCAGGAUCGACCACCGCUGCCGGCGAGACCUGCUCCAAAGAUGCCCGAUGCACCAUCGGAGAUUGUGGUCGUCGAGGACUACUUCAAGUCGGAUCCACAGAAAGAGUUGGGUCAGGACGACCUUGAGCUGGAGUUUGCUGUCGUAACGGUAGAGGACGUUCAGAGACCGCUGAUCGUGGAUGAAGGGGAAGGACAGGGCAACAGUUCCAGUGAUGGCAGUAUUGAAGUUAUUCCGAUGAGGCCGAAGCCCACGUGAUAAUGUAGCGUUUAGGGAGGUUAUUUAUGCUUGGAACACAAUUGAAUAAUAAAAUAGUUGACUGAUAAAGUGA